AUGACGAAGGAGGACAAUUUUUCUGCUCAUAGCCGGUCGGCUAAAAGCUUAUAUAGCUUUACAGAGAAGGUUGUUAGAUUUCUAUCACUCUCUGUUCCCAUUUAUCUGAUCCUGUGUUCUCUUCCUGCUCCAGCACUGCAGGCAGAUCUGGAGAAGAAGGUCUUCGGACAGCAUCUAGUCACAAAAGUGAUAGUGAAAGCCGUCACUGGGUUUUUGAACAAUUCAGACCCGAAGAAGCCGCUGACCCUUUCCUUACACGGGUGGACAGGCACGGGCAAAAAUUUUGUCAGUAAAAUCAUUGCUGAGAGUAUUUACAAAGAAGGUCUCAACAGCAAAUAUGUGCAUCAGUUCGUGUCUACCUUGCAUUUCCCUCAUCGGCAGAACGUUACCCACUACAAGGACCAGUUGCAAACAUGGAUCCGGGGCAAUGUGAGCACCUGUGGGAGGUCCAUCUUCAUAUUUGACGAGAUGGAUAAAAUGCACGCAGGACUCAUCGAUUCUAUCAAACCUUUCCUUGACUACUACGAAGAGUUGGACGGUGUGUCGUAUCGGAAAGCCAUCUUCAUCUUCCUCAGCAAUGCAGGAGCUGAAAAAAUAACUGAAGUGACUCUUGACUUCUGGAAGAAAGGAAAGAGAAGGGAAGACCUGCAACUUCGGGACGUGGAGACGGCCGUGUCUGUGUCUGUUUUCAACAACAAAAACAGUGGCUUUUGGCACAGCAGCCUCAUCGACCGGAACCUCAUCGACUACUUUGUCCCUUUCUUGCCCCUGGAGUACAGACACGUGAAAAUGUGCAUCCGGGUGGAACUUGAAUCCCGGGGGUACACGGUGGAUGAAGAGAUUGUGACUCGGGUCGCCGACGAAAUGACAUACUUCCCAAAGGAGGAGAGGAUCUACUCGGACAAAGGUUGCAAGACUGUCUGCACAAAGCUGGAUUUCUACUAUGACUAGUGACGUUUUUAUAAUCUGGAUUUUUUUCAAAGAAUUUGAGCCCAAUCACAGAACUUGGAAAAAAAAAGAAUAGUGGGGUUUUUUGUAAUUUUUUUUCUUGAAAUACAUUUUAAAAUAAGGAACUAGGAUCAAAUCCACUGGGUUGGCAAGAGCGAUAUCACCUUAAAUUAUAAAACUGGCACUUCGUUUGGAAAGGUAAGCUCUAAAUGUGGCACAGUCCGUUCCAAAUUCUACCAUUUCGCGGUUCUUGGACUUGGAAACGUCUCGACGUCCAGGCGUGUUUCCCAGAUGCAGAAUUGCUUAGGAGACGGUCUCUUCGUAUGUGUUUCUUCAGAUAAGAUGCUUCCUUUUCCAUGGAAAUAACUUGAUUCUUUUUGAUUUUUUUGUAAGAAAUGAAGGAAUUCUCUUGGUUGCAUAGGAAA